AUGGAAUCGUUAAUACACCACUUCAAGUUUUUUACCGAAGGAUAUCAAGUGCCGCCUGGAGCCACUUACGUCCCAACUGAAGCCCCCAAAGGAGAAUUCGGUGUUUAUCUGGUUUCUCAAGGCCAUUCAAAACCCUAUCGAUGCUUUGCUCGUUCGCCCGGUUUUCCGCACUUGGCUGCAAUCAAUGACAUCUGCCAUCUUGCCUUGAUUUCGGAUGUGGUCGCGGUCAUUGGGACGUUGGAUCUCGUAUUUGGUGAGAUCGACAGAUAG